AUCAUUGAGCAUUGCAGUGGUCGCGUCUUUAAAAGCAGGCACUACAUCGAUUUCUGAAAAGUUUUCUUCGCAUGAAGUUUUAGGCCUGUUUAAGUCUUCCGUGCCAUUCGGACAAAGUCCACCAAAUCGCCGCGACUUGAGACGGAGUUUGAGCAGAAGAUGGACAGUAUUGACACAAAGAGGUUAAAUGAAAGCAACUCCAGUGAUCGAGUGUGGUCCGGGUGUGCUGUGCUCUUCUUGGGGUGUAGCACACCAGCACACAACUUUCUGUCGGUUUACAAAGACGAGCAAGGGAAAUUCAGUUUGUUCAAGGUCAUUAAGCUCACCCUUACAGAUUCAGUUGGCGGACUGGAAGGGUAUGAAAUCCUAAAACUGCACGAUGCUGAUCCCUUACUUGGGGUGGAACUGAAAUUCAUGGCCAUGCCUCCUUGUCGGCGAUUCCUGGAGAGCUAUGCCUGCGGUUCACUCGCACAGUUUCUGUCCCAGCAUGCUUUGCGUCUUCUCGCGCUUCCCAAUGAGGUUGUGGUAACACAGCUGAAAGCAGGAAUACACACACUGGACCAAAGCUUACCAGACCUAGAAAUGUGCUUAGAGCAUAUACGCCAAUCACAGCCUGUGCGUUUGCGAGAUGAUGAGGUCACACGGUUGGAGCAGCAGCUGCAGAACAGCUACGGUCCUCACAGACAGCCACCACAGGAACUGCCUAGGAACUGCUUUCUGUUUCAGAAAAGAGUGUUUGAUGAUAGGCCAUUGACAUCGGCAGACCAGCAACGAUUCGCUGCUCAUGUGGGACGGGAUUGGAAGCAAGUGGGAAGAGCUUUACAAAAGAACUGCCGUGCCCUGAAAGGCCCUGUUAUCGACAAUCUUGCCUAUGAGUAUGAGAGGGAAGGGCUUUAUGAACAGGCCUAUCAACUGCUUGGACGUUUCAUCCAAUCAGAGGGCAGGAGUGCCAAGCUGAGCCGUCUUAUCAGCGCACUGGAGGAGACAAAACUGACCAGCAUGGCAGAGAUCAUGUUGGGCAUUCAGCCACGGGAUUGAGACUAACAGAAUGAGUGAUGUGUUUGUGUUUUUUUACGUAUGUGACUGUUUCCAAGAUAUACAGCUAAAUUUGAAGUGUGACCACUCAUUUUUGUGAUAUCUUUUUAUCAUGACUUUAUGAUUUCUGUCUGUCUUCACUUUGCAAUGUUUCACAAUCACCAGACAGCCCAAAAUUAAAUAAAUUUUAAGUAA